ACAGUCGCCACUGCAUGACCAACGUUCCUGACACGGGGGGCUGUCUGCGCUGCAUGUGGCCCUCAAGGGCAAUAGGGCGAAUCGAAUCGAAGCGAAGCUCGAGAGCUCGCUGGCUUGGCCUCCUCUGACUUCGGGUUCGUCUCGUGCACGGCCAAUGGAUUUGAAGCUUCUCCUCUGAUCGAGCAUCGCUCGCUGGGUCGACCCGCGUCCGAUUCCGGGGCGGAUCGUCUUUCGCCGAAUUUUUCAGGUUUGUAGGCAGGCCCUCGCGGAGGAGCUAUGGCCUUGCGCAUGGACCCGAGAGAAGAGUAACUCGACCUCCGAUUCCUUCGUUCGUUUCAAAAUGAUCGGUGUCGGGAGAACGAAGCAGCACGUGAACGUCGUGGACAGGCCUCUUGGGAAAGGGAAAGUUGAGGUGAGUUUGAGCGCGUUUUCAUUUUUGUUCUCCGAGCUGGUUCAGUACAGCCAAACCCGCGUGGACAACAUUGCUGAGCUGGAACGCAGAUUGGAAGACGCUGGGGCUGGAGUUGGAUUACGAACACUUGAAUUACUAUGCCACCGAGAAAAGGGAAAUAGACGAGAAACCAGAUUGCUCGGUAUCCUGUCCUUCGUCCACAGCACUGUAUGGAAGUGCUUAUUUGGAAAGGUUGCAGAUUCAUUGGAGAAAGGAACUGAGCACGAAGAUGAAUACAUGAUCAGUGAAAAAGAGCUGCUAGUCAACAGAUUCAUAUCGGUUCCAAAGGACAUGGGAGCGUUCAACUGUGGUGCCUUUGUCGCCGGAGUUGUCAAAGGUGUUUUAGAUGGAGCAGGAUUCCCAGCCCGAGUAACAGCUCAUUUCGUAGCUGUUGAAGGACAAGCCCGGCCUCGGACCACCAUCCUUAUAAAGUUUGCAGAAGAGGUGCUACAGCGAGAAGCACGGCUAGGUUAAGCCUGCUGACAAGAUUUACCGAGACCCUAAACGUCCCGAAGAUGUUUUGUCCUCAUCCUAAUCUCGACCUCAAUGGGAAAGUAUUAUGGAUUGGUUACUUGUGAUCCUGAUAGAAAUGUGCUUUCAAGCCAGCUCGCCGUAAUGAGAACUGCAAGUGAAGGCUUGGUCCACGUUGUGUCACUAUAAACACAACGAACGGGUCGUGUUGAUAUGCCAAUUUCCAGGUCUCAACAUUUGUUCGAUCACAACAUCUGCUCUUGGGCAUGUCGGAAGGUGCAAAGUUUUAAAAGUACGAGUGUCGAGUAUUGUUAGUGAGUAACUUCGAAAAGGAAUUUGAUGCAGCAUUGUUCAUCAAUUGGUGUUUGCUCAUGUCAAUAACUUCAAGGCUCAGAUGGAGAGUUGCCAUUCCACCCUAGUCUUUUUCAGCAGCUUAUCUUCUGUAGAGAUGAUUUUUUGUUAGAAAUGGAAACCAAAUUACUCCGGUGGCCUCUAAGUCACAUCUUCAAACCCCAUGUGAGUCAUGGGCUUUCGUUGUCAGUCACCAAUCAACAAAACUAUGGCACUGCAGGUGUAUGCAAUGGCUGAGAUAUGCUUUUUCACAUCAAAAGAUGUUUGAUAUGUCU